AUGGGUUCAAGCGGGUGGGUUUUUCCAAGCAGUUGCCCGGAUCCUUCGUUUACGAGGUCUGGGCGACGUGCGAUGUCUACUUCAAUGAACACCUUGGAAAUAUCGAAUCUUGGCAGCUCUGAUGAGCGUAUUGCCGCCAGGCGACAACGAGCGGAGGCCAAGCUCAAGCAGGACAAGGAGGAGGCGGAAGGUAAGAAGACCAAGAAGGACGACACAGCAGAGCAGGUUUCGCUCGGCAAAGAGCAGUAUGCUAAAUCGGUGGCCGAACUCGAGCGCUUCCGAACAGAAACUUGGGAAGAGUUGACCAGCAUCCGUGUACGUUUCGACGAUCAGGAGAACCAGCGUCGUAUCGUCGAAGAGAACAACCGGUUAGACAGAUACGAGGCCCUGCAGAUCGAAGCCGUGACCAGCGGACGCAAAAAUGCAGCUAUUGAAAUGAAGUGGGCCGACCUUCUAAACAUGGACAUUCCGCAGGAACUGAACGACCAGCUUCAGUUUCAGAAGAUUGCAUGCGGAGACAUCAUCAAGUCCAAAGAUAGGCGGAUAGACGACUUCAAGGCCGAGUUAAAAAACAAGGACGAAGAGUACAUCAAGAUGCUCAAGCAGCAGAGUGUGGACAUCACUACCCUCAUCUCGAAGAUGCGGGAGCAGUAUCAUGCACUGAGACAACAUUACGAGAAAGAGCUGGAAGAUAUCGAACAAGCGUUUGAGGAUGAGCGAAAAGAGAUGCUGCAGAAGAACAAAGCAGAAAUAGAGGCACUGUUUGAGAAGAGGAGACAAAUGGAGGAGAAUGAAUUCCUCGAAAGACGGCAGGAGCGCGAAAGAGGAUUCCAGCAGCAAAUAGAAGAGCUCAGAACGGACAAUGCUGACGGAUACAAUAAGUGUAAAAUUGCACUGGAAAAGGGUAUUCAGGAACUGGAGCAGCACUUGGAGAAGAUGGUUGCGACAUACCUCCUCAACAAGGAGAAGCUGGAGUACAACCUCCAGGUUCUUUCUGAACGGAACAAGGAGCAUACUGCCAUCCAGUCUUCGUACAAAAACCGCUUGAAUCGACUUCGGGAGACUCUGAAUACCUUGAUGGGUCGGUACAACACCUUGGACCAGAAGUACAAGACUCACAAUCACGAGCUCACAGAAGAGUACAAGCGCCUGACCAAACAGUUCAAGGACCUGCAGGAGAAGUUUCAACACUUCGAGCAGGCCGACGAGAAGAAGUUCAGAGAGGUUUGGGAGAUGAACGAGGCCGAGGUGCGAGGUCUAAUGACCAAGGUCCUCGAGGCAGAUCGGCUUCUUCAUGAACAGCAGCUGGGCCACGAGUGGGUCCCUCCAAAGGAGGAGCUGCUACAGCAGGAGUUGGACACUUUCUCGGAGUCGGGCACGACAACCGGUAAAAGCACGGCUCUGGAGUCGGCCGAAAUGGGGCAGUCAGACUCCGGGAAGUUUUCUGCAACGAAAGUCAAGAAGGUAUUGGAUCUCAUAAAAGAGGAGACCCAGUUUCUGCUCGACAUGAAGGUCCGUGACCAGCUUGCCGAGCUCCCUCCCGAGCAGCGGGACGUCCUGCAGAUCGAUGCUCUUCUUCGGUACAUUGGCGUGGAAGGGCAGCAGGACGUGGAUCUGCUGGUGCAGGUCUUCUAUCGUGGCCAGGAGGAAGACGACGAAGCUCUCAUGGUGGAGCCCGAUGAUGUACUCCAGCUCUUGAAAGAUUUCAUAGAGGAGAAGGAGAACAUGAGGAUCGCGGACGUGGCUCCUGAUAAGAAGAAAAAGGCGCGGACCCAGCAGCUCGGCAGCGAGAGCGAGGCAGAUCGCAAGGCACGCCGGCGACGAGAAGAGAGGAAGUUCUGGGAGCGAAUGGGUCAUGUGAUCCCAGACAUGAACUUCCGGGUUUGGAAGGCAUUGGACGUGUUCCUAAAGCGUUACUACGACCUUCUGCAAAAGCGAAGCAAGGCCAUCGACUCUGCAGUCACAAUGCAGAAACAGAACGAAGAGCUGAAGGCACUGUUAGAUCAGUACCUGGGCUCGAAAGUCAAUGAGGAACUGCAGGUGCCGUCCGACACUGAGUCCAGCUGCACCCGCAAGGAAUUGCCAACGGUUUCGGCCGAAGUUCUCCUUUUGCAAGGCAUCUUUCCAGGUUCUCAGAACGUCGAUUGGAUGUCCUUCAUCUUCUUCGAAGCACUCUCCGAUACCAGUUUUGUAGGCUUGUCGCAGAAAGCUGACGCGGAAGGGAAGCGUGGUUGCACGGUGGCAGCGGCUUUGGGAGUGCAGCACGACACCUUCGUCCACGUGACAGACUUGUCUGGGCGUGAAACCAUUAUGCGGGUCACCGGCGGCAUGAAGGUGAAGGCUGAUCGAGACGAAUCGUCGCCGUACGCCGCGAUGCUUGCAGCGCAGGACGUCGCGGCUCGCUGCAAGGAGCUUGGCAUCGGAGCUUUGCACAUCAAGUUGCGGGCGACAGGGGGCACCAAAACGCGAACACCAGGGCCAGGGGCACAGAGCGCUCUGCGAGCACUUGCCCGCUCCGGCAUGAAGAUUGGCCGGAUUGAGGAUGUGACGCCGAUUCCCACAGACUGCACUCGGAGAAAGUGCGGACGUCGCGGCCGCCGUUUGUAG